UAGAGGAUACAGCUCCGCCUCUGAAAAUUGUACGGUCAGACAGCUGAUCCUGAGCGGACUCGUGUCUGAUUCGCGUCCGCGUACGCGUACGCGACAAACCAAACCGGCGCGCGCCGCCUAGAGUUAUAUGCUCCGCCUACGCGCGCUGAGCCGACCAAUGUCUGCACCCGCAGACGUGGACGCGCCUACUAGCGUGUACGCGCAUGAGCCAAGAUCUCUGGACUUUCUUUGCUGGAACACGAACCGCCGCCUCCCAGAAUGCCUUGCAUGGGGACGUGCGUCUGACGUCACGUAUACAGAAAAUUCAAAAUGGCUGCACGCGGGAGAAUGUGAAAGUUUCCCGCGUGAAGCCGCUCCACCGUCUCGCCGAGUGCCAGCAAGAGUCAUGAGUACUUGUCAACUCGACUCCUCAACUGGAGAUAACUUUCUAGCACCUCACCAUGGGGAAGGAUGUAUUCAUAUGCCUUCACCAGCACCUGCAUUAAACAUGCAGAGUUACACAAGUUCUUACCACCUUGGGGCACCAUUCAGGGUGCCUUUUCAUCUGAUUAAAUUUAUAAUGAACAGGGACAUUGCGGUUGUCCCAAGUGGAUGGUAUGAUGAUAGGAUGGUUUUCUGGCCCAGCUAUAAAAACACCGACAGAAUUGAAAGGGCCGCUUUAAAUGAGGAGCAGCAUGAGCCAAACUGGCCAAGAUUUGACGUUUCUGUUGUCCGAACUUGUGACAACUACAAAGACGCAUUAAAAAUAAUGCAACAAUAUGGAAAGGGCUUCGACACCUCAGACCUGCAAUCUGAGGCAGAGAACGAGGAGCUGCCAGAAAAAAGGAACAGGAAGCCAGUCCAUCGUCUCGGGGACUCAGAUGAUAGCGAAGAAGACCCGGGAAAUAGUGACCUCACAUCUCUGGGGUUGGCAAGCCAAUUGCACAGGCAGACUCCACCGUCUCGCCGAGUGCCAGCAAGAGUCAUGAGUACUUGUCAACUCGACUCCUCAACUGGAGAUAACUUUCUAGCACCUCACCAUGGGGAAGGACGCAUUCAUAUGCCUUCACCAGCACCUGCAUUAAACAUGCAGAGAGUUACACAAGGAACGGCAGUCCCUCCUCGACUCCCUCCACCCCCCUCACCAACAGCCCUCAACAUGUGGCAGACAGGGGAGCCUGGAUCCAGCCUGGCCUACAGGCCAACAUGGCGAGGGGAAAGAAUGGCCGACAACAUUUCCUGCUCUGCGCCUGAGGUAAUCCACAUCCUUAGCCUGCUGGAAACUAUUAAGCACAACCAAGACCAGCUGAUUGCGAAGGUGCUGUGAGUAAAAAUGUGUUGACAAGGUCAUCCACGGACGCUGAGGUCACCAAACACGCCAUCAGGUGGUUUAACUUGGCGGGGGAUCGGGCAACGAGGAGACGAGUCCCGCUUCCACCUCCUCAGGAGGAAUAGAGAUGUAUAUGUAUAAAUAAACAACCU